AUGCGCCCCUCAUUGGCUCCUCUGCACCGUCUGGAGUAAGUUGGAUGUGCGCGCUCCUCACUCGCAUCCCGAAACCGCCUCAAAAACUGUUGCGAUGGGGAGGAUCAGGAAAAACCACAUUGGGAUUUUGACUUUUUCCAUAAUGAUGAGUUUUGUCUGCGCUCAAAGCGUCAAGGAUAUCAAAGAUCCGAGCAAUAUGCCUCUGGUAAAAGAAACAGUGGACAGGCUGAUGAAAGGAUACGACAUUCGGUUGAGGCCAGAUUUCGGAGGUGCGCCAGUGGCGGUGGGGAUGAAUAUAGACAUAGCCAGCAUAGACAUGGUGUCUGAAGUCAAUAUGGACUACACCUUGACCAUGUACUUCCAGCAAGCGUGGCGGGACAAGCGCCUGUCCUACUCCGAGAUCGCCUACAACCUGACUCUGGAUAACCGGGUGGCCGACCAGCUGUGGGUCCCCGACACCUACUUCCUCAACGACAAGAAGUCCUUCGUUCACGGCGUCACGGUCAAAAACAGGAUGAUCCGCCUCCACCCGGACGGGACCGUGCUGUACGGACUCAGGAUCACCACCACCGCCGCCUGCAUGAUGGACCUGCGCCGCUACCCUCUGGACGAGCAGAACUGCACCCUGGAGAUCGAGAGCUACGGAUACACCACCGACGACAUUGAGUUUUACUGGCGGGGCGGGGACGGCGCCGUGUCCGGCGUGGACAGGAUAGAGCUGCCGCAGUUCUCCAUCGUGGACUACAAGCUCAUCUCCAGGAACGUGGUCUUCUCCACAGGUGCCUACCCCCGCCUGUCCCUCAGCUUCAAGCUGAAGAGGAACAUUGGUUACUUCAUCCUGCAGACAUACAUGCCUUCCAUCCUGAUUACCAUCCUCUCCUGGGUCUCCUUCUGGAUCAACUACGAUGCGUCGGCUGCCAGAGUGGCCCUGGGAAUCACUACCGUGCUGACCAUGACCACCAUCAACACCCACUUGCGAGAGACGCUCCCUAAGAUCCCCUACGUGAAGGCUAUAGACAUGUACCUGAUGGGCUGCUUUGUGUUUGUCUUCCUGGCCCUGCUGGAGUACGCCUUCGUCAACUACAUCUUCUUCGGCCAGGGCCCUCAGCGGCAGAAGAAGGCGGCUGAGAAAGCAGCCACCGCCAAUAAUGAGAAGCUGAGGCCCGACCCCAACAAGUGGCUGGUGGGAAAUGUAGUUCAGAGAGAUGAUGCUCUGUAUGCCAGAAUGAAACAGAGGGAAAUUGACGCAUAUGACUCGAUGUGGGAUCCCAUCUUUGUGGACGAUGCCGCAUUAGGACUAGGCGAGCAAAGAAAUAAGAUGACCCCCGACGACAACAUCUUGUUUAGCACCCUGGAGAUGAAGAAUGAGAUGGGUGGAGCCGGGGAUCUGUCCCGGGGCCUGGGCGCUCCCGGAGACCCCCGCAACACCAUGCUGGCCUACGACAGCUCCACGCUGCAGUACCGCCGGGCGGCCAUGGCGCGCCAGAACUAUGGCCACAGCGCCUUGGAGCGCCACGCCCAGAAGAAGUCGCGCCUACGGAGACGGGCCUCCCAGCUCAAGGUGAACAUCCCGGACCUGUCCGACGUGAACUCUAUUGACAAGUGGUCCAGGAUGAUCUUCCCCACUGUCUUCUCCUUCUUCAACGUGGUCUACUGGCUCUAUUACGUCCAUUAAACCCGGUGGAGCGUGGCGGCCAGCUCGUGGCGGGCGUAU